CAUUGCCUAUGUAGGUAUCCCAGAGGAAAGUUUACAUUAACAUAAUGAAAAGAAAGAAAUUGUUAUUCUUACGACAAAGUUACUUUGUUCUGGAUUGAAUUUUCAUUACAAAACUGAUGAUUAUUAACCGAAGAAAAGAUGACAGUGUCAUAUCAAUAUCAGGUUGCCAAUUCCACAAGGGGUGGAUUUACCAGGCUCCUUUUUAUGUGGAGAGGCUCACUUUACAAGCUCAUCUAUACGGAACUUCUUCUGUUUUUAAUUCUUUUCGCUGCGCUCUCUGCUAUUUACAGACACCUACUUAACGCUUCGCAAAAAAAAGAAUUUGAGCAGAUGGUUAUUUAUUGUGACAAUUUCAUUAAUUUGAUUCCAUUGAGUUUCGUUCUUGGAUUCUAUGUGUCUUAUGUUGCUCAGAGGUGGUGGCAACAAUACCAAGCCAUACCGUGGCCUGACAAAGUGAUGCAUUUAAUUGCAUUAUACGUUGCGGGAAACGAUGAAUACGCUCGGAUGCUUCGAAGAGCGCUUAUGCGUUAUCUAAAUCUUUCCUUAAUACUCGUCUUACGAUCGAUUAGUUCAGCGGUGAAAAGACGAUUUCCAACACUCGAUCACGUUGUCGAUUCUGGAUUUAUGACAACAUUAGAAUUAGAAUUAUUUCUCGCAGUACCCAAUUUGGAGUUCAAUACAUAUUGGAUCCCCUGUACAUGGUUCAUUAAUCUUCUAAAAGAAGCCCGUCGAAAUAACCGGAUUCCUGAUCCCCAAGGAUUAAAAUUAAUUAUGGAGGAAUUCAAUGAAUUUCGCACGAAAUGCGGUCUCCUCUGGAGUUUCGAUUGGAUAUCAAUACCAUUAGUUUACACACAAGUAGUGACACUGGCAACGUAUAGUUUCUUUGCUGUUGCUUUAAUAGCUCGCCAGUACAUCGAAGGUAAAGAGAAACAAUUUCAACUGCAAAUCGACAUUUACAUACCUAUAUUUACCAUCCUACAAUUCUUCUUCUUCAUGGGACUAUUAAAGGUGGCUGAACAAUUAAUUAAUCCAUUUGGCGAUGACGAUGAAGACUUUGAGUUGAAUUGGAUUAUCGAUCGCCACACGAAGGUAUCGUAUCUUGGAGUGGAUACUCUUAUGAAUCGAUGUCCACCAUUGGUUAAAGAUAUUUACUUCGACGAUGAAAAUCUAACUUUACCGUAUACAGAAGCGGCAGCCGCUUAUAAGAAGAAAACAUACCGCGGUAGCGUGGCGAAUAUGACAGUUCCAGAAGAAAAGCAAAUGAUGUUCUUGCCGGAUGUUUUAGAAGAAGACGAGGAAGAAAUGAAAUCCUCAUCAUACACAUCAAAUAUGAGUCUAGCUACGCAUAUCAAUGAUAGCUUGGCGUGUGAGACACGCCAGAUCAGCCCGCACCCUGAAACACCUACAAAGACUGAUCAAAGUUAUCCUGAAACAGUUAUACAAUUUGAUAUUCAAGAGCCAUCGUCACGGAUGGAGCACACAGAGCAACGAUCGAGGGUUAUAACAGAUACUGCGAAAAAAUUCUCAAGCCUGAAUCGAAAACCAUUCUUUACAGUACCAAAAAGUCCCAAGAUCAUUUAUCAGCCUUGGUCAAGUACGUCUAGCAUAUUACAGCCUGCAAGACAAAUUGUCGAUACACCUAUAGUGUAUACCAGUGAUAUUAAUCCAUGGAAAGAAUAUACUCCAAGAGACUUACAUCCCUCCAUGUUAGAAGUUUUAAUUCCAGAUCAAUCUCUAGAAAUGGAGGAGCCGGAUUACUUUGAAAAAUCAUGUGACAAUUUAAAACCCAGCGCAAAUGAUAGUCCUCACUCGGAUACAUGUCAGUCUCAUUACCAUCGUACAGCAAUGUGCCAUUUACAAUUGCCAGAAACAGAUUUACCGACGCCACAGAGAGUAACAUUUCGAAGUAAAACUCCCAAGUAUGUUGUAAAAAGACACAGACCUAUGGGACGUUCAAGAAAGAAAAGCAUUCAAUGGACGCAAAUUAUGAGAACGCGACGAAGAAGAACAACAGACAAGGUACCAUCUAUUGAUGAAGAACUGUCGCAAAUAAGGAGCUCUCUCAAUUUAAAACAUUUAGGCGAUGAUUCAGAAACACCAACGAAAGACAUUCUUGAUAAUGAAACAACAACUCCUUUUAAUAAAGAGAAAUAA